AUCUCAAGACGCUGACUCUUAAAGAACACAUCCAACCUCAACCUUUUCUCCCUUGUCUACCUGUUCCCGAAUUCUCAUCCUCCUUAAACUUCCACCUCCUAGCUCCUUACCACUGCGACAUCCGCCCCAACACUCUUACACACAUAUUUUCCACUCUACGAAGUCUCGCUCAACCACAGCUCAACAUAAAAUGUCUGACGAUUGGGAAUCUGUUACCAAGAUUGGUUCCAAGGCUAGUGGUAACGCUCAGCGUGCAACGGUAGCGAGAACUCAGUCCGAGAUCAACGCAGCCAGAAGAGCCGGCGCUGUUGUUGCCACUGAAAAGAAGUAUGCGACCGGGAACAAGACCCAGAGUACCGAAGGUCAGCGCUUGACAAAGGUCGAUCGUGAAAACGAGGUUGCUCCGCCACCCAAGAUCGAUCAGGGCGUUGGAAAGGCUAUGUCUAAGGCCCGCCUCGAUAAGACUCCCACCAUGACACAGAAAGACCUUGCGACCAAGGUUAACGAGAAGCCUUCUGUGAUCAACGAUUACGAAUCUGGCCGUGCUGUUCCCAAUCAGCAGGUUCUUGCUAAGCUUGAACGUGCACUUGGGGUGAAGCUGCGAGGGAAGGACAUUGGUGCUCCCCUCGGCCCUAAGAAGAAGUAAGGUUCGCCGUUUCUUUUUUCUUUUUUUCUUUUUUUGUUUAGCCGCACGGGGUGAAGGGGUUGUUGGGUUGAGCUAUAGACAACGUUGAGCUGCAAGAAGUAUCUCGCUGGUUGUGGUGCAUUUGUCGUCUUUACCACCGAAUACUUUCCCCUCCUUUUGUUUUCUUGAAAUCUAGAUGAUAAGAAAUGAAAUGGUGGGACUGUGGGGCGUUUUACUUUGUCUUUCUUCGAGUACCUAGAUGUCAUUACGUCUCCUUGAGUUCAUUGAUAGAAAUACCUUUCUCGGGCUAUCUUUUUUCUUCGUUUCUGGAGGGGUGGAAAAUUCAAUGAUGGAAGGUUGGCGGUUGGAGCCGUGAGUGAAGAUGUGUAUUGGUCUGGUGUGGUUGAACCCUUUCAAUAGAAAUAAGCUGGUAUGAUACUGUA